GCUGUUUGUGUCAGUGAGGUGGCAACCUCGGUGACCAAAACACUUAAUAUUGUGUAGGGCGCCGGCGAUGACGCCGUGCUUCCUCAGGCUCGAGAAGUGGACUCGACAGAAUUGCGGAAGAUGAUCGAAUUAUUCUCUGCACCUUGCUUCUGCUUCUUAUUCUUCUUUGUACACGUUUCUUCCCCUUUAGCGACUCCCAUCCUUAGUUCUACUCUUGCUCCUAUUUAUCAUGCAAAUCAUUCUCCCGAAAUUUCUUCAUCACCACAGACUUUUUCACUGCAUACCUUCAUACCUAACUUCAUCAGUACUCAUCAAACUCCAAGUUUCUACAGUUCUUUCCCUCCGUCCAAUUUGUCGAAUUUGAUCUCGCUUAGUUAUUCAAGUUUUUCUUCUUCUCUUCCUUCUGUACGCCCUAUUUCUUCCCAGAGUUUUUCAAUCAAUGCUUAUACCCCCAGUUCUUUGAGUUCUUCUCUCGGUUCUUCACGUUCAUGGCUUUCCCUUUCGUCUGUUCUACCUAAGGAGUCAUCAGGCACCUCCAUUCUUCCCCUGCAUGCUUCGUCCCCAUCAAGACUCCCCGCGCGGGGCUCCUCACCCCCUUUGGAGUCGCAGGACUUUUCACUCUCUAGGAAGUCGUGGGACUCCUCAACCCCUGAGUUAAGGGGCUCUUCAACCCCUGAGUCGUGGGACUCCUCAACCCCUGAGUUGAGGGACUCUUCAACCCCUGAGUCGUGGGACUCCUCAACCCCUGAGUUAAGGGGCUCUUCAGCCCCUGAGUCGUGGGACUCCUCUUCCCCUAGAGAGUCGUGGGACUCCUCAACCCCUGGGUCGUGGGACUCCUCAACCCCUGGGUCGUGGGGCUCCUCAACCCCUGGAACAAUAAGCUCUUCAUCCUCUGGGAGGGCGCAGGGUUCAUCAUCACAUAAAAGUUCGCAGGGCUCUUCACCACCUCGGGAGUCGCAGAGCUCCAGCGUAAGCCCCCUGGAGGAGGGGCUACAAGAAGUGGCCUACCAGAGCGUCCCUCUGCACGCCUCGACAGCAUUACAAUCUUCUCUGAGAACUGAAGAGGAUCACAACCAAUUAGACGACGCUCUUUGGGAUCUUCUGAGCUCCCCGAAAAGUGUUCCAACAUCAAGUCCAACUCCAAGCCUAACCGAACCGAACCGAACAAUUUCAGUGUUCGGUGGACCACCAAACCAGCCUUCGGUGGAACCGAAGGCUUUGAACACUACUUCGACUACUUCUAAUGCUGGCACCUCUUCGAAAAUUCAGGUUCAUAUGAACCCUUCAGCAACUAUAACCAUUUAUAACUCAGUUAACACCGAUGCAAUAAAGCCUCUGCAAGAACAUUUUAAUGUUAAGAACUUCGAGCCGAAGGAAAUGAAAUUAGAUCACAAAAUAGUAGAAGUCGCAUAUCAGAAUAAUCUUAACGACGAUAAAUUGAAAUCUUCGAUACAUUUUAUGGAACACCCAAUUAACCGCGAAAUUUCCUCCGUAAUCCUCGACUCUGGUGAUGCGUCUUCUGUUGAUUCGAGCACCGGGAUGUCAGUUGAUGAGUCCUACGGAACACAAGCGGAAGACGCGGCAACUCGGCUUACUGGCGUCGAAUAUGCCGAAGACACUUCACAAAUCUCAGCAACUGAAAAUUUGACGGAUGCAGCGACGGCGAGUGACAGGCUUCAAAUGCAUGAACCAACGUCACAAGAAUGGUUGAAAGAUGAUAACUCAAAAGAUAAUAAUAAAAUUGACACUAAUAACGACAUCCCUACAACCACCAUUACCAUCAUUGAUGACAUCAACACUAAUACAUCUUCUACUAAUACCACUGUAGACAAUAUCGCAUUGAUAGAUGCAUUUAACACCAGUGACUAUUCUACCCCAAAUGCUGUUGAAAACAACAGUUUCGACUUGCUUGAACAAUACACUAAUUUUGAUAUCGUGGAGAAGCAAUCCACAUUGGAGCAUAAUGCAAAUUUUUCCCUUCUUAAUAAAUCAACAACUUAUUCUAAACAGCAAUCAGACAUUCUGGAGGAGUUAGGCAAUGACAAAAACUCAACGUCAGCUUCAAAAGAUAUUCUUGAUCUGAGCCAACCAGCAAUUAAAGUCGAGACCCAAUUCAACAUAAAUAAUAAAAAAGACCUUAUGCAAAGCAAACUAUUGGAAAAAGAACAGUCGACUGGAAACGACACUCCAACAAAGCACUUCUCUUUUCAGGGUGAACAUAAUAGUAGUGCUUCGAGUGAGUCACAGAAAAAGCGUAGUUUGUUUACUGAUUACAAGAACAUUACAAAUUUUUUCUUCCAUGAUCACUUUUCACAUCAGCUAGAAGAUCUCGAAACGUCCCAUUCUGAAGUGCAACAUCGUUAUCAUCAAAGUUCUGGAAAAACAAAGAACCAGGAGCUGUACAAAAUCUAUCAUCCCCAUCAAGCUACUUUGCCUGACUUGCAUAACCCGCUCUUGGGAUACAGGGUAGCGAGAAACCACAAAAAUGAACCUGUCCUUAUACCCCCGGAAUAUCUCUCUCCUGACGCCAACUUUGCUACUCCUUCUACCACAAACGCUGUGCACCACACCAUCGCUGAUCCACGACCAAUACAAACGGUUCGUUACGCUGGGACACCGGACUCGGCCCAGAUCCCAUCAUCUCGCAAAACCUUCUCUCCAAGUGGGUUUAAAGUUCCAAAAUAUAAUUUCAGUUAUAGGGUUGACCAUGAGACCAGCGGAAACCACUUUGGUCAUGACGAGGAGAGAGAAGGUAGUAAAACUAGUGGACAGUAUUCCGUUAUACUGCCGGACGGUAGAACUCAGGUGGUGACAUAUCAUGCUGACACCAAGGGCUACAGAGCCAACGUUCAAUACAAACAUUUGGGUCAUGACAUCAGUGUUCCUGGUAAUCGGCGUGAUCCAGUGAUUAGAAAUCAAUUAGCAAUCUCCCAUACUCCUGCUAAUGAGAAUCAAGAAUCCAUUUCCCGUUUUCUGCCAGCGAAUCAACCAAAUAAAUUACUUCACUCUGAUAACAACUUCCAUGAGCAACACAAACUUCCCAUGAUUCGCGUGAAUAUACCUUAUCUACCAGUUAUAACUCCACCGUCCACAAGAAUCCCUGCGGACAACGACUUCCGAGAUCAAAAAUAUGGCUCCUCAUCGAAUCAAAACACGCCUUUAACUAAUGGGCCGCUAUCACCUCGCCAAAAUAUCAACGGUAGGAAGUCGGUUCAUCGGAGACCUCAACAUGAGGAAAGUCAGGAGUCGAUAUUCAAUGUAGAGGUAGAAUCCACUUCCCCGUUGAUAUUCCACCCCACUCUCCUGCAAGUAAGUGGGCGUCAAUUUAUUAGAGACUUGUUAAACAAAGGAAUUGGUGAAACAAAUCUUAAAAAUAAUGAAUCACCUCAAAUUCAAGGAGCAAAAUCGUCUACAAAAUCUUCAGCUCUCUCUUUCAAACCAAGAGAAAAUGGACGGAAAUUUAAUAAAUCAGAUUACUUCAUACCUGCGUCAAAAGAAAGUCUUAUCGUGAAGCGGCAUCCUGACACUUUAGACGUGGAAUUGCCCAAGGGUAGCAAUGGCACAGGUUUUGUACAGGAUCAAGAAGCUAAUGCGAGGCUUCAAGUAGAAAGAUUGCCUAAUAUCACAGAUAAUUUUGUUGUAAGCUCGCAAGAAACAGACGACUUUCCAACAAACGGUCUGUCUUUAUUUGUUAAAGCUAGCCAAGGACCCCAGUUACUCAGCGAGAAAGGCAAUAAAAUGAGUCACGUCUUCACACGACAUUAAAUUCUACUAUAAUUUCUUAAAGCCCGUAAUAAUUUAAUAUGAAUGCAAUAUCUUCACAUAUAAAACAAGCGACAGUUAUCUUUAAUUCUGAAUACUGCCAACAUCAUACAGAUGUUACAACCUAUACAAUUAAUUCGUCCGUGAAGCACAACCUCCGUCACUUUCAGAAAUUCGAGUUACAGGCUUCAACUGACCGGAAAAUUAUUACAUCUUCAUUAUGAUUGAGUGGGAACGCAACGAUAGCCUCCUGAACUACAGUAUUCCUACUUCUUAAAACUCAGGGUUAGCGAUAGCCUCCUGAACUAUAGUAUUCUUCUUAAAACUAAGGGUUUUAUUCUUAACAUGUAGCUACUUAAUUAUCCAAGAACAAUAGAAAAAAAUGAAGUUUAGCCAACUUCCGACCUUCGUCAAUUUGUGAUGAGUUUCAAUAAUGACUGAAAGAAAUAGAGUAAAUAUAUAGCUUAAUGAUUUCAGAUGAAUGCAAAUUUUUCAAGUUUCAAUG